AUGGCGCUGCCAGCAGCAAGACGCCUUCUCGGUCUCGGCUCGAGAGCUGCUGCUGGGGGCCUCCUGAGGGCCCCCCUGUCUUCUGUGGCAGUCCCGAGGGCCCUCUGUGUUCCUGCAGCAGCAGCAGCAGCAAGUGGAGCUGCAGCAGCAGCAACAGCAGCAGCAACAGCAGCAGCAGCAACCAAGAGAAGCUUCGCCACCAUGCCGCAGCCGACUUGUCUCGUUGGCACCACCGCGCCAGACUUCACCCUUGACGCUUACAUGCCCUCUGGUAAGACCAGCAGCAGCAACAGCAGCAGCAGCAGCAGCAACAGCAGCAGCAGCAACAGCAGCAGCAACAGCAGCAGCAACAGCAGCAGCAACAGCAGCAACAGCAGCAGCAGCAACAGCAGCAGAAGCAGCAGCAGCAGCAGCGAGACCCCUCAAUUCCUCAGCUCAGGGUUUAUGCAGCUUCCCACAAUCCCUGCGAAACCUCGUGUCUCCCGUGCCCCUGCUGCUGCUGCCGCUGCUGCUGCUGCCGCUGCUGCUGCUGCUGCUGCUGCUGCUGCUGCUGCGCAGGGAAGGUGGAGAAGCUGUGUCUGUCGGAGCUGCUGCAGCAGCACAUUGGAGUUUGUUUGCUGUUUUACCCUUUGGACUUCACUUACGUUUGCCCCACAGAGCUGCUGGCCUACAACAGCAAAGUCCAGGACUUCAAAGACCUCGGAUGGGCUGUGA